GGACCCGGCGGCGGACGGCGGCUCUCGACUCCGGGCAGCCGCUCGCGGGGGGGACGAGCCCCGGCGCGCCGGCCAUGGCCUCCAACUUUAACGACAUAGUCAAGCAGGGCUACGUGAAAAUCCGCAGCAGGAAGCUGGGGAUUUUCAGACGAUGCUGGUUGGUUUUCAAGAAGGCUUCCAGUAAAGGACCCAGAAGGCUAGAAAAAUUUCCAGAUGAAAAGGCAGCGUAUUUCAGAAACUUUCAUAAGGUAACUGAACUGCACAACAUCAAAAAUAUAACCAGACUGCCUCGAGAGACAAAGAAGCAUGCAGUGGCAAUUAUCUUUCAUGAUGAAACGUCAAAGACAUUUGCCUGUGAGUCAGAGCUGGAGGCCGAGGAGUGGUGCAAGCACCUCUGCAUGGAGUGUCUGGGGACCCGGCUGAACGACAUCAGCCUUGGUGAGCCCGAUCUUCUGGCCGCAGGAGUACAGCGAGAACAAAAUGAGAGAUUCAAUGUGUAUCUUAUGCCUACACCAAAUCUGGAUAUCUAUGGUGAAUGCACAAUGCAGAUCACUCAUGAGAAUAUCUAUCUCUGGGAUAUCCACAAUGCCAAGGUCAAACUGGUGAUGUGGCCUCUCAGCUCGCUGAGGAGAUAUGGACGGGACUCCACGUGGUUCACCUUUGAAUCAGGAAGAAUGUGUGACACAGGAGAAGGACUAUUCACUUUUCAAACAAGGGAAGGAGAAAUGAUCUAUCAGAAGGUCCAUUCUGCGACACUGGCCAUAGCUGAGCAACAUGAAAGAUUAAUGCUAGAAAUGGAGCAGAAGGCCCGGCUUCAGACAAGCUUGACUGAGCCAAUGACGUUAUCCAAAUCGAUAUCUCUUCCUCGCAGCGCGUACUGGCAUCACAUCACUCGUCAGAACAGUGUUGGAGAAAUCUACAGUUUGCAAGGUCACGGGUUUGGUUCCUCGAAGAUGUCACGUGCACAGACAUUUCCCAGCUACGCCUCGGAGCAGAGUGAGGAGGCCCAGCAGGCUCUGUCCCGGUCGAGCAGUUACGGAUUCAGCUACAGCUCCAGCCUCAUUCAAUGACACUCAGAGAGCCGCUGCUGACCAGAGAGACAGUCUGUCCGGACCUGCUUGUAGGGUCACUGCACCCUCUGCCUCCUGGAAGACCAAUUGCAGUAAAAAUUGAAAUGGGUCGGGUGUAGCCCCAGUCCCAGUGGAAGGUUAAAACCUGGAGUUCUGCUUCCUUGACUCUGUGGCUAAGUCCUUUAUUUAUUGAAUUUCUUGGGGGGAGGGGAAUCUAUGUUUUACAAAAAUAGAAUCCAAAUCGUAUGAACAGUCAUUUAAAUAAAAUUCUUUGGUACGGACAGUAGCAGAAGUCUGGGCACCAUGAGAAGUUGCCCACACUGGGUUGGACCUGGGCGGGGGACAUUAACUCUGUCCUCAUGGCUCGGCCCUCCCGCCUGGUGACAGGGUCUGUCCUUGGACAUAAGGUCACCCACCACAAGCUCUGUGGCUUGGAAGGUUUUAACGGGGACAAAUCCAGUAAGGUCUACAAAUGGCAUUAUAAGUCUCCAUAGAAAUAAGCCCAGUGACAAUUAAGGGAACACAAGAAUUAGAACACACUGUUGAGCAGGCCCUGUAGCUCCACUGUGUGUGUGUGCGUGUGUGUGCACCUGUAGACAAAUACAGAUUUGGAUAUUGCUAUAUCCAUCUAUAUCUAACACGUAUAUAUCAACUGUGUGCUGAGGGUGACAGGAUAUGCUCACUUACAUUGUUGAAAACUGUAAUUUGGUGCAUUAAAAUUAAGAUUGUUAUGUUGAAUAGCUACUUUUAAAAUAGUGCUGUAAAAAAAAAAGGCUUUUUAUUAGCAAAAGUAUUUACGUAGUCAAGUCUGCUCCUCUGACAAGUAUAAACGAAUAUUUGAGAAGGAGGUUCACUUGAAAAUGAAAACAAAAGACCUGGUCUAGCUGUCCCAUGUGUCCUGUCGCCACCCUGUCUUUUGGGUUAGUACUUCCUUGUUGGCAAUGUCUGUCUCUUUGGCCAUCCCUCUGAGCUCCAUGAGGAAAAUCGGGUGUGAUCACCCACCAGCUUCCAUUUAACCUCAAGAAACAGAAAACUUUAAAUGAGAAACUGUUUUUCAGGAAAGAAAUUAAAAAAAAAUAUAUAUAUAUAUAUGUACCUAAAAAGAACUCAGCUAUUUUGCAGUCAGAAGAACAAUGCACACAGGAUUGUAGAUAUUAAUUAUUUAAAGUUUUAUAGAUGCUGCUCUCAACGAGCCAUUGGGCACUUGUGAUUUCCUGUGUAACCAGAAUUUGCUAGGCUUUACUUCCUCUUUAAUGAACAUUGGCUGGGAUUAUAAGUGAAAACGGAUCAGAUAUAAUUUUUUCAUCUCUGACAGUAGUUGACAAACCUACCAAGUUUAAAAGGAAGUGGUGGCUUCCGUGUGAACUAAAAAAUUUGGCCAAUUUAUUUAGUGUCAACAAAGAUAUUUUUGUCCUUCAUUUUGAAGUUUACUCAAGUAAAAAUAAAAAUCAUUCUGCCUGGAUUAUCUGAUGCCACACACCUAAAAUGGUCAGCUUGUAAAUACUCCACGGGGAAUCCAAAGAAUAGUGAGCCCAGAUCAUGUAAGAUAAAAGCCUGAUUUUUUUUUCUUAAUAGCAAAAUUAUUUAAACUAUUAAUGUUAGUCUGUGGAAGGAGUACUUGUUUUGUUGAUCUCUAAUAAGACUCUUCUUUUUUUUAUCUCUAUCCAUAGCUUGAAUGCAGAUUGCAAACUUAUUUCAGAGAAUAACUACAGCAUAGAAGCAGUUCUGGGUCCCUCCUAGAUGAAUUUACACUUUAGAGCAACUACCUAGACUCUCUGAAUCUCUCAGAUUAAGAAUGAAAACCCCAUCAAGAUGCUAAUCAUAAGAGUCAAUGUGGCUGUGAAAAAUAAUUAUCUUAAGCUUUCAGGGAUAAAAAGAAAAUUACUCAAACUCUCUGCACUGUGAAUUUUGCUGACAUAGCAGAAAAGCAGACGACUGGUUCCUGACGAGGACACAGCCUCCCCUAAAAUCCCAGCUUUCGGGGUUACACACCUCUGAAUCACUCAGCACAUGGCAUUUGUUUCUGAAAUGCCUUUUGUAAAACCCACCAGAGCAACUCCCCGCUGAGACCAUUUGAGCACAGCUCCUAGUGGUGCCACGUUCUGAGCCAGGCUCUCGCCCGCUCACUCAGUCGAGCUGUUGCUUAGAGACCACAGUUUCUACAUGGGACUUGUGGGGAAAAGCCCUCAGGGGUCCUGGUUCAUGUCUCAGCUGCACUAAUGUGCGAGAAACACAGACAGCAAGUCCAGGGGCGAUUCUGCUAAUUAGAUGAGUCUGCUCUUGUGUCUAUUUGGUGGAAGACACAAUACCUGCAUGCAGUUGCUUCCAGAACACCAUUUGCUUGUGAUCAUUACCAGUGAGCGUUUACUGAGGAGAUACCAAAGAUCAGGCUAGCCUUGGGCCGGUUCACUCCGAAAAUAAUGUCAUUAAGAGUGUGUGAGAGAAAUGUCCCUCCCAAGUCUUUUAACCCAAUCUCAUUACAAUGAGAAUAAUGCUUUAACGUCUCUCGUGGUACAUUUUUGGAGAUCAAUUCUAGCAUACUUUUCCAUCUAUACUUAAAAUUGUAGCUGAGUUAAAAAUUGCUAACCGAACAUAUAGGAGAAUUUAUAUUAGCCUAAUAUACUUGACAUAAGGCAGUGUGCAUUGUAAUAAAAAUGACAAGCAAAUAAAUCUUCUACAGAAACCAAAGAUGAAAGAAAAGUUUCCAUACCAUUCUCCUGGAACUUCAUAAAACCAACUUCACUGGAGCAAUUAGAAUGGUCGUAGGCAUGUAUUCAACUCCCUUGAGCUCACAGGUUUUUGACUGAAGAUGCCUCUACACUUUGCAAGUCAUUUUUCUCCCUCAGACGCUUUAUUACAGCUUUCCUGCAGUUAGGGUUGCUGUGAACCAAAGACAACCUUUGGCUCCUUCUGAAAGUGACUCAGUUGGGAUCCCAACCAGAUUUAGGCAAGUGAGUGAAGAUGGUCACAGUUUCCAUAUUGGGGUAUCCGGUUGGAAGACACAGUGGUGAAGAACUUGACAUAAGUAAUGGAGGCACUUCUGAGAGCAGAGGAAAACUGGAGGGUGUACACAGUUCCCACAAAGAUGACACGGGCGGGGGUGUUAUGUCUUAUGUCCUCAAGUUUUCUUCUGGAAAUAUUAAUCGUUGCACUCAUGACCAAUCCCUGACACAUUUAAAGUAUGGAAAAGUAUAAAAUAACCUCAACCCAAUCGUUUACCAUACUGGUGGGAGAAAAAGAAAACACAUCUUUCACUUACUCGUUGACUGAAUAAUAGGCACUUGGAACUAAUUUAUUUACACAAGUUGCAGAUACGUAUGAAUCAAUGGGUUCUGGCCGCUGCCACAAUAUGAACUUCAUGAAAUAAGAAAUGUAUAUUUACUUAUAGAUUAGGGAAGAUGCUGUUGGAUGGAGCAUGUGAAAUAAAGUGAAACCUAUUUAUUAAAAGUAAACCUCACUUUUUUUCACCAAGUAGUAACUCGAGUACUAGUCCUAGUAUCUUGUACAAUUUUUCUCUGUCUUCACUGGGCAAUUAUGUUUGAAAAUCAUUUAUCACCUAUAAAAUGGUCAGCCACUAAUACUUUCUGUCCAGUAUAGAAACAAUGGACUGAUAAAUAACAUUACACUGUUAAUAGUUUUUACGGAUCCAAUUUAUUUAUUGCAUGUGGUGUCUUUAGAGUAGAUAUUUAAAAACACAUCAUAAAAAUUGAUGUCUGCCCCUCAUUCUUUUGUCAGUAUCUCAGAAAACUUGUUAAAAAAAAAAAAAGCAUGAUUACCCUACUCCCUAGAUUAUUUGAGCCACUUACUCAAAUCAACCAUUAAUGCUACAGUGAAAACAAGCUUAAGCAAAUUAUAAGUCUUAUAAAAAAAUCAUAGUCCAGUUCUGAUGAUUAUAACAGCACAAUAAAUAGGCAAUGUACAUUCAGUGGGGCUGAGCUUUAGGCCUUUAACACGUUGUGUCUUAAAUAUUAUACUAAAAACUGCUUAGAGUGAAAAUGAUACACUUUUCUCCAAUUCUACCAACAUAUCAUGUUGAUUAGUAUCUUGCAAUUUCAAAUUACUUUCUCAAUCAUUAACUAUACUUCACAAUUCCCCAAUCUUGGCCUUCUCCAAAUAAGAAAUGGCCACUAUAUUUCUAUUAAUAACCAUAACACUAGGUGAUGUGCCACACAGAUGAAUUUCUAGCCUAUGAAAUGUAUGGAGGACAAUUUUCCAUAUGGAAGGGGCAGAGAAGAAGAAUGGGACCUAACUCAGGAGGGCAGCAACUUAGAUAAAGUUAUAAAGAUUCCAAUGAAAUGUCCAAAGUUGCACUAAGACUCUACUUUAUUAACAUUCCAAUCCCAGUUCCCUAUCACAGACUUGACCUUCUUGACCAGCUUCACUGAGUACCAAGCAUGCAAUUGAAAGAAGACAGCAGUUGCAUCAUGUUUUGAAGUGACCACAGAAAGACAGCACAUAGCCAAUAAGUAUGCCUCCUUGGGUUUAGUGAAAAGUAUUGAACAUGAAAGAAUGUGUAAUAAAAUCCCCCUGGUAAAAUGUCUCUUCUUAUCGUUUUUGUACAUGUCAACUUCAUUUGAGUUUCAAAAUGAAGGUAUAUCAUCCAUGACCCUUGGCUGGGGGCUAGAAGUAUGUCAGAAGAGACCAAUAGCCUCAUGCGUACAUUCUCUAUGAACAUAUUUGCAAAAUUUUUCUGCCUUUUUCCUCCCUGAAACUACCCCAAAUCCUUACUUUUUUACUCAAGAAUGUGAAUCUUUGUUGUAUCAUUUCUACAAUUAUUACAACUCGUUGGGGCGGUAGCUAGUUUACAGACUCUAGAGGAAGUAUCAUGAGAUGUUGGGCAUAUUUUCUGGAUGGGCAGGAUGCUAGCUAGCUCUGGAAGCAAUCAUGUAGAAUAAAGAUACCACUUUACAUCCUACUCAGGAGGAAACCCAAACCCAUGGUGUUGUCAUUUGUUGAAAAGGCAAAGAAACAGAGAUAGUUUUGUCUAUCUUUUCCCCCAUUUAGAUGCAGUGGGAGUUGAGAAAUGCCACAGAGAUUCUAAAUAAAUAGGCCCUGGAAUAACAUUUAAGUGUCUCCUCAGAUUUUUUGGAUGGUCCUAACCCUUCCUGGACUCAUCACUAACUGUGUCUAGAGAGGCUUUAUGAGGCAAUUCAUUAGACUUGUAGGUCAUGAAUGAUUGGGAUAAAUUUUAUUACUCUUACACGGACACCCAGUUUUCAUUGAAAUUCAAACUUCUUUAUUCUAAAGUGAUAGUCAAACUAAAAAAAAUUAAAUGUAUUCCUACUUAUUCAUCAUACUGUAAUUGUGGUUAUUAUUUUGGGGACUUUUAUCACUAUGUAACACUUUGGCAUAAUUAUUUACGGCAUUUGUCACAAUGUAAUUAGAUAAUAACAUCGGGGUUACAUUUUGUUUCAUGUGAACUUCAAAAAUCUGUUUUCAGUUGAAAUUGGAAAAUGACUUUUUUUAUAAUAAAAUAGCUUCCAUAUCAAGUGUUUUUAAUACACUUUAGUAGGCAAUUAUUUAAAUUAACUCAAGUCUGGAUAGAUAGGAAAUAAGUUAAAAUUACCAAGUAAUACGAAAACUAUAUUUUACUCAUGAUUUUCAUACACUUUUCCCUAGUUUAAGAUUUUUAUAUCUUGUAAACAUUUCAAGGAGAGAAAGAAUACAUUUGUAAUAGAAAUAUUACAAUUUCCUUCUAAUAAUUCUGUUUAAUAGGUUUUUAUUUUACCUCAUCUUCUCCUACCCUAUAUUCCAUAUUCCAAUUUUAAGAAGAAUGAACAAAUUUAAAUUUUUUAAUAGUUAUUUGGAGCCAUUUUUAAUUGUUGAUACAAUUAACUUUCUCCAUCUGUUCUCUACUUUUAAGUUGAUGUUAGACUUAGAGCAGAAAAUCAGCCCUUUUUGUAGAUAAGGAAUCGUGCGUUGAGUAGAGCAAGGAUCGACCCUGACCCUGCAGUGGUGUUCAUACUGCAAUCUGGUUAUUACCUUAAUUCACCCAAGUGAUCCACAGCCUCAUAAGCUUAUUUUUGGAAAUCUGAAAUUUAAAAACCUAAAUUCGGGAAAGGAAGGAAAGGAAAGGAAGUUUGAGAUGAUGACUGAAUUUUUUUCAAAAUUCACUACAGAUUUUCUCUCGAAGAAAAACAAAGUGAGAGGGUUUCUAUGGUGUUCCAGUAUUGUUAACUAUAUGAGACAGAUGGGCUGAAAGCCGGGAAAAUGAAGAAUAAAAUGACAAUAGCAUCUUGAUGUUAUAUAUAAAUAAAAAAUUAGCAUGGUAUAGGUCAAUAUGAAAUCAUUUGACUAAUCAAAUUCAGAUUUACAUAUCUAUUGCAAAUUCAAAGAACAAUGCUUUUUCUUAUCUAUCUACAUAUAUAGUGGGUUCAUUGGGAGAAAGGAAGCUCUAAAUUUUUGUGAAAACCUAAAUAGAGAAUAGAGAUUCCUUCCAGUUAUAAGGCACUCUAUAUUAUUUUGGUAAUAGCAGGCAGUAUAUAAAUCACAACAAAUCCGUCUACUCCCUGACAAUAAAUGAGCAUAAAAGUAAAAUCAUCUUUACGCAGAUGACUGAACUCCCAGGAUCUGCAAAGGCCCCCUAUUACCUUCUCUGCACAAACCCUAAAACACACACACACACACACACACACACACAUACACACACACUUUUUUACUUUUAACCUACUCUGUACAUGCUACAUUUGUUAUCUUUUUCCUAGGUCCACCCAGAAUUAUCCCAUCUUUCCGAAUCCUUAUCCCUAUGAAUCUUCAAAAUAUGUUAAAUUAUGUGUUAUAUGUUUGCUUUCUAUAAAUUCUUUAAAAUUAAUUUAUAUAUACUUUGUGAAGUCUACUGUAAAGGGAUGUCCGUUGUCAUUGAUUAAAUGUAAUGUUUAUGAUUAUUUUGGUAAAAAUAACUUCGGAUGCUAGGCUCUUGUUAAGAAAUAAAAUUUCCAUGACAAAUUUGCUUCUAUUGGAAAUUAUAUGAUUUGACAUACUUUAUUUUUAAUCACAAUCUAUUCCAGAUAAAUAAUAGUUUGGGGACAUCUGUACUUAAACCCUAGUUGAGCCACGUUUGGAAUGGAAUGCAAAGGAAUAGCUGUCCCUGGAACCUAAAUGUGAAUUUCUGGCAGAACAGAAAAUAUUAUAAUAAUGAGGCAAUAAUAAAAUUAGGAAAUUAAAUUAUUUUAAA